CAUCACAUCUCCCAGCCUCGCUCCCUCUCGCUGGCACCUUUGCUCCACUUCUCGCCGAGGAGGCGCACACACACUCAGUUACUCGUUACCCUCCUUCACCGCUCAUAAAAAAAGGGGGCUGGACCACAAAAGAAGAGGAAAAGGAAAACAUUUUUAUUUUGACAGGAUGAACAACAGUUUCCCGAACAUGGCGUCGAUAGGCGACUUCGACCCACUCAACGCGUCUAUUCCUGCGACCAAAGUUGAAAUCACGGUGUCCUGCAGAAACCUGCUGGACAGGGACACCUUCUCCAAAUCAGACCCAAUUUGUGUUCUCUACGCACAAGGCAUGGGCAACAAGGAGUGGAGAGAGUUUGGGAGAACAGAGGUGAUUGACAACACGCUAAACCCAGACUUUGUGCGGAAAUUCAUUUUGGACUACUUCUUUGAGGAGCGACAGAACCUGCGAUUUGACUUGUACGAUGUUGACUCCAAGAGCGCCAACCUGUCCAAACACGACUUCCUGGGCCAGGCCUACUGCACCCUCGGAGAGGUGGUCGGAUCAUUGGGCAGUCGCUCGGAAAAAGCUCUCGGAGGCAUUCAAGGGAAGAAAUGCGGGACCAUCAUCGUGAAAGCCGAGGAGCUGAACAACUGCAGGGAAUCAGUGAUGAUGCAGUUCUGCGGGAACAAAUUGGACAAAAAGGAUUUCUUCGGCAAGUCCGACCCCUUCCUGGUCUUCUACAGGAGCAAUGAGGAUGGCACGUUUACCAUCUGCCACAAGACGGAGGUGGUGAAGAACACAUUAAACCCAGUAUGGCAGGCCUUUAAGAUCCCAGUUCGGGCUCUUUGCAACGGUGACUACGACAGAACGAUCAAGGUCGAGGUGUACGACUGGGACAGAGAUGGCAGUCACGACUUUAUCGGAGAGUUCAGCACCAGCUACAGAGAACUAUCCAGAGGGCAGAGCCAGUUCAAUGUCUAUGAGGUGAUAAAUCCAAAGAAGAAAGGGAGGAAGAAAAAAUACCUCAACUCUGGAACGGUAACACUGCUGUCAUUCCUGUUGGACAUUGAAGUCACCUUCCUGGACUACAUCAAAGGAGGGACCCAGAUUAACUUCACUGUGGCCAUCGAUUUCACAGCUUCCAAUGGUAACCCAGCCCAGCCCACGUCACUCCACUACAUGAGUCCAUACCAGCUGAACGCCUACGCCAUGGCCCUGAAGGCAGUAGGAGAAAUCAUCCAGGAUUACGACAGCGAUAAGAUGUUUCCAGCACUGGGCUUCGGAGCCAAGCUGCCACCCGAUGGACGGAUCUCCCACGAGUUUGCCUUGAAUGGGAACCCUCAGAACCCGUACUGCACAGGCAUCGACGGUGUGAUGGAAGCUUACUACCAGAGUCUGAAGUCAGUCCAGCUCUACGGACCAACCAACUUCUCCCCCGUCAUCAACCACGUGGCCAGGUACGCGGCUUCAGUGAAGGAUGGCUCCCAGUACUUUGUGCUCCUCAUCAUCACGGAUGGCGUCAUCUCAGACAUGGCCCAGACCAAGGAGUCUAUUGUCAACGCCUCCUGUCUGCCAAUGUCAAUCAUCAUCGUGGGGGUGGGGCCCGCAGAAUUUGACGUUCUCUUCUCCUCAGCCAUGGUGGAGUUGGACGGUGAUGAAAUCAGAAUCUCAUCCAGAGGAAGAUACGCUGAGAGGGACAUUGUCCAGUUCGUCCCAUUCAGGGACUACAUCGACCGGACGGGUAACCACAUCCUGAGCAUGGCCCGGCUGGCGAAAGACGUCUUGGCCGAGAUCCCUGACCAGUUCCUCUCCUACAUGAGGACCCGCGGGAUCAAGCCGUCGCCAGCGCCGCCUCCCUACACGCCGCCUCCCUACACGCCGCCAGGGCAGCCUCUGCAAACCCAGAUAUGAGGAGUGGGGGUGGUGGGUGGGUGGGGAGAAGGGGGGAGAAAGGUUUUUCAGAGUCAGGGGUUAGCUGAACUUUUACGCGCAAAGUACUUCCAUUUCCCUAAAGCCGCUCUCCAUGCCUUGUCGUCGUGGAUCACGGUGGUCUUUCUCGUGUUCAGGAAGCUGCAUGUCGUGCCAGGAGAGUGUCGCUUUCGAGGCCAGGAAAAGCCAAUGAGAGUCUGUUUACUUCCACUGUCAAGCAUUCCUGUUUCUGUCUGGAAUUAUUAUUAUUAUUUUAUCUUUUUCUUCUCGCCUGGGAAACCUGGACAGGCCCCGGGGAGAGUUCGGAGAUGUCUGAAUUCAAGCCGGGAGGUAAAGACGGAAUGAAAAAGGAAAUGAAGGACAGCUUUGGAAACAUUGUAAAGAGAAUGUCUCCAGACAAAAAACAAAGAAAUCACACUUUAAUGAACUUUCUCUGUAAAUAACAAGACAUAUGUCACUUCUUCUAUUUCUCUCCAACUCACUCAUUGUUUACAGUAAACACUAACAAGGAUUUUUACUGUUGAUACUUUUAUAUACACAUAUAUGAAUCUCUCUCUCUCUUUCUGUCUCUCUCUCUCUCUCUCUCUCUCUCUCUCUCUCCUGGCGUGUGUGUCAGGUAGCAGCAGUGCAGGUCCCGGUAGCCCUUCUGUACUGUACCGUACCGUGCUGUACCGUACCGUACCGUAUUCUGGUUUUCGUAUUAACCUUUUGCAUGAGUGUAGCCUCAGUCCAGUGCAUGCAUAUAGUGGCCCUGCACUACCUCUUCUAUCCAUCACUUUGUCUCUCUGUCUGUGUGGGGGGGUGAGUGUCUAUCUGCCUGCAUCUCCAUUUGUCACUUCACCCUCUCUGUCUGUCUGCACUGCUCUGAGGUCUGUCUCCCUGUUGCAGCCUCUCUCUCUCUCUCUCUCUCUCUCUCUCUCUCUCUUCGUCUCUCUCACUUUUACGAGCUGUGUUUCCAUCCGACAUUUUUUGUUUUAAUAGACGAGCUGAAAAGAAAAUGAGUAAUUCUGGUAUGCUCAUCCGAGCAGAUGACAUUCCUAAAUGAGUAUUUGGGCAUUUUGAAAUGUAAAAUAUCUGGUCUAGCCUGCUCCCCAGAGAUCGUGUACCCUUGCAUAAGGUGUCCGUCCAUCUUCAGUAUGUGUAUUACUUGUAAUAUUUCCAAGUGCAAUGUUGUUUUGAAGUCAUGCUAGCAGCAUGGCUUAAUUGAUGGCAGUGUCGGUCGGAAAUUUGGGACGAACAUUCCUGUUCACCUCAGGAUGAAUAGUAAUAACUUUGGUGUGGCUGAGGUUAGAGUGCAACCUCACAGAGCCUCUGGCAUGGCUGUGGACUUUUAGGCCCAAUCCUAAUGUCCACGCUCAGAGACUCGAGGACUUUGAGGCAAAGUCCGUUAGGGUUUAGGGCUGUCCCACUGUCAAAUCCUCUAGUGCCCGAGGGCUCGCUCAGAGACUUUUUGAGCCCUUUAAGCACACUUUCCUUAUGUCUGCAUCUCUGCAGACUUUGCCUGAUGGAAUUACCCACAAUUCAUAGCGUUGUGAUGUUACGCACUGGGUUACAUGGAGAAGCCCGGAUGUGAAAUCAGAGGAAUGCAAGCAGAGGCCGUAUUACACGCCUGGUUUAGUCCUCAACCACUUUUUUACAUUAUUCAUCGAAGCUGUUUGGAAAGAAAUCCCUUAAAAAUAGUAAUUGACUAUUACUUCUUGUCUCAUCAGGUGCUGUUUCAUCUGUAUAAGCACCAUUUCAAGCCUUUCCUGCGUCUCGCACUCAUUUAAGAGCAAAUGUUUUACCUUUCAAAUGCCAACAGGUUUUCAGCAUUUCACUUUUUUGCGUAGCAUUAAUUUGACUUCUGAAUGGAAGCAUAGCCUCUCUCUCUCUCUCUCUCUCUCUCUCUCUCUGUUCUCCUCCUAACUGCCUUGGCAAUAUGAUGCCCACGUGCCCAGGGGUUUCGUCUCAUUGUGUCGUCCAACACCACGUCCCCGCCCCGAUGUUUAAAAACGACAGCAGCUGCUCUCAAACGAAAUGCCGUUUGAGCAUAAAGAGCCCAGUGGUCAAAAAUGCAGAGAAAAACACACUUUCCCUAUGUUGGCUUUUUGUUCCAUUAUAUUUAUUUCAGUGUGUACUUUUUUAUUGUACCUUUUAGCUUUGAUAAAGCGUUUUAUAUGUUUGUUUUUAUGACGUGUAUUCUUACGUGCCAAUCACGUGUAAGAGGAUGAUUUGCGUGAUUCCUGCCGAGUCACCCAGGAUGUCCAGACAAGUUUCCAAAUUAACGUGACGUCUAAUGAAGAAUGAGUUUGGGUUGUUUUGUUUUGUUUUGUCGUGAAUGUGGAAGGGUUUUUGUCAGUGUUGCGGUGACGAGAGGAUAUGUUAAAUGUGAAUGAGAUUUGUGCGUACGACACAACUUCUUUUAAAGCAUAUGAAACGUUUAAAAAGGGGGAACAUUUGAACAUUCAUUGGCUCAUGAGGGAAAUACAUUGCAGCACCAACAAUGUGAAAGGAUAUUCAAGCAUUGAAGUGUUUUUAAUUAUUUUGUAUUACUGUAUCAUCACCCUGAAGCCGUCUUAAAACUACAACACACACAUCUGCUGACUGACUCUGAUGUCUAAACGAAGACUUUUUAAUGAAAUCAUUGCGUCUUUUUUUUCACGUGUUGCAACAAAAUUUCCCAGAUUUUCUUUUUGUGUGUGUGUGUGUGUAAAAUAGUCAGCUGAUUACAGAGUCAAAGUAUUCAACAUACUUGUGGCAGUGUUAGACACUUUAGUCAUAGUAUUGCGCAAUCCAUUUUUUGAGGAUAUUGCCUGUGCCAAAAUCAAAAUGCAACCAACAUGAAGAUGAUCUUUUCUACACAAUUUGUUUUGAGUCUCAUUCAUUGCUUGUCUUGUUGCUUGAUAUUCUUAAAUUCAUCUUUGUUUCCUCACAACCCCCGUCCUGUACAGCCACUGUUGCAGAGUGGACUAGCUGUUCCAGUGUGUGUGUGCGCGUGUGUGUGUGUGUGUGUUUGGUUCACCGCUGCAGUCGCACUCCUGCAGCCGCGCUGGACACAUUGUUAGGACAGCGGGUCAGAAUGAGGAGCUCAUUACUGUAAGACUUACAUCCUGCACUGCGGGGGGUCAGAGAAGGGAUUAUGUUUGGGUGGCGGGAGUGUUUUGAUGUUCCUUUUUGGCGACAAUUUAGCAUGAAUCCCUUCUGGUAGAAACAAUCUUCUGUAGACGAAAGAUAAAAAGAUAAAAGCAACCCCCUUUCUGCAGCAGCCACUGUGGGCACAAGCACAAGUCUGCGGGAUCAUUUUAAAGCAAAACUAUGGUUCAUUGCAACUUUUAUUUAUGUUCCGGCUAUUGUUCCUAUCUAUGAUAACAUAGUACUCAUCAAAGUAAUUGCUAAAUUACGGCAGAAAUGUAAUUUAAUAGUAGCUAAAGAGUCAAACAGUGACACAGCAAUAUCUGUCUAAAGGUAGCUAACGUUAGCCACCGUUAGCUACCGGUCAUACCAGGCCAA